CUCAAGGUCAUGCCUUAGCACCACUGGGUGCAGCAUGAACAACGUCUACUUUGCAGCACCCGUCGCAGCACUCGUCAGAAGAAUCGUCAAUGUCUUCUCCACCCUUUCCAUCACCCACCAAUACGUCUCUCGUUCUACAAGCCUCGACGAGUCUCCAACUCUUUCAGCCAAAUCCCCCUUCUCACCAGAACCCAAGUCGUUUUUGGAGAAAUGGCCAUGGAACGGCACAUUGAGAUCAACAGCUUCUGAGAUGUCUUCAGGCAUAGACUCGAGCGAGUUCGCACCUCCCAGCAACGCAUCGUCUAAACCACCAGAACCGCCUUCCAGCUCUCCGACCCCUUCUCCUCCUCACCGAACUAAUUUGGAUCCCAAGUCCGAUGACAUCGUUCACCAGCUCAUGCGCAACCCUGCACUCUACGAUCCUAUGAGAGCACCACGAUACCCUAUAGUACUAUGCCACGGACUAUAUGGCUUUGACGUCCGUGGUCCUUCCUCGUUUCCCAGUCUCCGGAUGCACUAUUGGUCAAACGUUCUCGAGAUCCUUCGUAAGAAGGUUGGUGCGAACGUCAUCGUCACAAGCGUACCUGGGACUGGUUCGAUAGCAUCGCGAUCGGAGAACUUGGAUCGUCUGCUGCAAGAACGCGCCAGAGGGCGAGGCGUCAACCUAUUGGCACACUCCAUGGGUGGACUGGAUUGUCGUCAUCUUAUUUCACACGUGAAGCCGACAGAGUACGCGCCCCUAUCUCUGACGACCAUUAGCACCCCUCAUCGCGGAAGCCCCUUCAUGGACUGGUGCUCUGAGAACAUCGGACUCGGCCGCAACCGCCAGAGAGAUUCGCAGAUUCAUGCCUCCGCUUCGUCCUCCAACAGCCCCGCGCCGCUCGACCGUGCGACCGCGUUGGCGGAAGCCUUGAAAGAGAAGGCGAAAAAAGAGGCCGCGUUCUCGCUCGCGUCGCUGCCGUCCUCGUUCACGACGCUCAUCCUCUCCCUGCUCGACUCGCCCGCGUACGCGAACUUGACAACUAACUACCUCAUGAACGUGUUCAACCCCGCUACGCCCGACGACCCGCGUGUCCGCUACUUCUCCGUUGCGGGCCGCCUCGACGAGAUGAGUAUCUGGCACCCGCUCUGGCUGCCCAAGAUGGUACUUGACGACUCGGAGCGACGCGCGCGCGAGCGUAUCCGCGUUGAGGCCGCGUCGGGCUCUGAUUCUGGCUCCGGUUCGGGGACUGGGGACGGCUGGGACCGCGAGGGACCGCCGCUGUGGGAGCGCAGCGAUCUGUGGGGCAACGAUGGGCUCGUGAGCGUGCAGAGCGCGCGGUGGGGCGAGUUCCUCGGUAUCAUCGAAGGCUGCGACCACUGGGAGAUCCGGGGCGCGCGCGGGAUGGACUUUGGCGUCAAUGUCGACCUCUCCCAGCUCGGGAGCCUCACGAGCCGGGUGAGCAUUGGCAGCAUGGACGGCUGGUCGUUUGGCGACUGGGGGCGGUUCGUCACCGCGUGGAAGAAGGAGGAUCAGAAGCGGGAGAGCGAGAGCAGGCGUGCGGGCAACGGCGGUGGGGAGGCUGGGCAAGCCAAGGCUGCGCCUCACGAGGCCAGGGGCUCGGCGACGCUCACAAAGAAGGAGGACCGAGACAGGUUGCGAGCAAAGGAGCGUGAAGACCCUGUCAUCAAGGCGUCCACCGACAAGUUGUCGGCCGUUUUUGACUGGAUCGUCGACCAUGUGCCUGCGUCUGGCUCGCCGCCAAAGACACCAGUGCCAACCGAACCCCCGCCACAGAAGGUGAAGAAGCCGCGGAUAAACGAACUCGAGACGAGGAUGGAUCUAGAGAGGUUUUAUGUAGCGCUUUCUCGGAAACUUUACGAUGAGGGACUGUAA